AUGGGGUUAACUAUUUCCUCUGUGCUUCUGGGAGUGGGGAUAAACACUGCGGUUCAAGGGCAGUUCAGAAAACUGGCUGCUUACUUGCUAUUUGCAGCAGCAGUCCUCACCAUUUUGGAAGGCCCAUAUUUCAUUGAUGUUGUGUUUGUCCAACGCUGUCCAACCACAUUUUUCGAUAAAACGAACAGCAAGAUUUGGAAUAUCUGGAAGAAAGCGAUGAGGCCCAAUGGUUUACAGAAAUUUCUUACUUUCAUCUUCUUGUCUGUGGCUUGCUUCUUGCAUCCAGUUCUUAUCUGGCAUGCAACUAUUCCAGGGGCCAUGUUAAUAGUAAGCGGUCUUGCAUACUUUGUGCUCAAUCUGAGAAAACGAUUUCAACAAAACAUGCUGGACAGCACACAGAGAUGUUCCCAGGAGUAUAUCACUGCUGUGACUCUGACAGACGCCACUGAGGUGGAGCAGACAUACAGCUUCCAUCAUGGCAUUGAAAAGAAAAAGUUAGCUGUUGUAAACUAUGUGCGUAACAUCUUCAAGCUCAACAAUGAAAGACCUCUAUCCAAUGAAGGUAUACGAACACCUCCAGAUCGCGUUGCUGGUAACACAAGCAUGAAUGUGAAGAACAAACACACAGCAUAUGAGGAACAUAUUUCUAAAAUUAUACCAUCUGUGCCUGAUGGCCCAGAAGAGCAAGAAAUGGAAUCAGAAGAAACCACAUCUGACAAAGUACCAAUUAUACCAAAGUGAGGACUUAUUUCACACUAUAGUAUAGUCAAAGCCUAAAGA